GGGGGGGGGGGGGUGACGACAGGAGGAGGUAGCAGCAAGAGACGGUUAGGACGGUUGGCCCGGGGGGGAGGGGGAGGAGACACGAGCCGGGAGGAGGCGAGCUCGAGCGCCGCUCGCUCAAUCAGUCAGUCGGUGACUGACACCGCGCCAGACAACAGCCCCGGGCUGAGUGAGGCUCGCUGUCAUGUACUCACGAUCAGAGGAGCAGGAGGGCUGGUGGAGACGGUUAAGUUGGAUUUGUUUCUGGAGUUUGCCUUAAGCGACAUAGAAUGGGAAUGGAAAAUGCUUCUGGAUGAAUCCUGGAGAAGACACAGUGACUCUAACUUCUUGAAAGGGCAUCUGUGGAAUGAGACUUUCAAAAUUGACUACGGCAAGCUUUUUGUGAUUUAGUGGAUAAUUGACUGCUUACAGAACUUCAGUUUGGAACUUUGUUUAUUUGUGCAUUUGCUUCUAAAGAUUGUUCGCAGAUGAGACACGCUACAUUUAGAAAUGGACUGUCAAGACCUGCAGUGGAAGUAUACUGGCUGCUUCCUGCUUGGUUUUGUCCAAUAAGGGCAGGUUGAAGUUGGAAUUCCAAGCAUUGCUUGAAAAACAGUAUGCAGGAAGCUGGUUUUCAAGCCACAAAUGCUUUGAAAGAGUGCAAAUUCCACUGCACCAAUGGCAACUGUCUGAAAUUCAGAAAUUUGAUUUGCAACCAACUAAAUGACUGCGGGGAUAAUAGUGAAGAAGAAAACUGUCCGCUAGUAACUGAACACCCACCUCCAACAAUUUUUAACUCUGAACAAGAAUUUGUGAAGAUAAUCAUCAUUGUUGCAGUAAUGACUGUGAUGGUAGUUGUAAUCAUUUGCCUGCUAAACCAUUACAAACUUCUAACACGGUCUUUCAUAAAUCGGCAGAGUCAAGCGAGACGGCAAGAGGAAGCAUUGCAUCCUGAAGGGUGCCUAUGCCCGUCAAACAGCAGCACAGUAUCUUGUCACAGUGCUUCAGAGUUGAUGUAUUCUCCAAGAUCAAGAGACAGAUCUUCAGCCCCAACUUACAUACCGAGAGAGCGCAUUAGCCGCUUCCAACCUACAUAUCCUUAUGUGCAACAUGAAAUUGAUCUUCCUCCCACCAUUUCAUUAUCAGAUGGAGAGGAGCCCCCUCCAUAUCAGGGACUGUGCACACUGCAACUUCGAGAUCCAGAACAGCAAAUGGAACUCAAUCGUGAGUCUGUCAGGGCACCACCUAAUAGAACUAUCUUUGAUAGUGAUUUGAUUGACAUCUCUAUGUAUAAUGGAGGACCACGCCCGCCAAGCUGCAAUUCUGGCAUAAGUGCAACUAAUUAUAGCAGUAACAGGAGGAUGGAAGGACCACCACCCACUUACAGUGAGGUUAUGGGUCACUACCCAGGAUCAGCUUUCUUUCAUCAUCAGCACAAUAUUCCAUCUCCACAGGGUGACAAUGGACACUUUCAGCAAAACGAUGAGGACAACAAAAUCGUCUCAUUUCAAGGAAAAGAUUCACAUAUGGGAAAAAUGGUUUGACUGGCUCUGUGAGUGCUUUAACUGAAACGGGUGGAGCAUUGUGUGCCUGGACUUCAGUGACAUAGGUGUUCCUUUGUGGGAAUUGGUUGGUAAAACCAAACACAAAAUUCUGUUGUUUUCUUUAAGGGAGUGCAUGAUAUGUUAACCCUAACAAUUUACCUUCCACUUUGACAAAAUUGCAGUGUUUGGCAAACUGUUUUUAAUCUGGAUUAUUUAAUUUUGAAGAUGCUUAAUAACCAAUUUCUUCUAUUGCCUUGUAGGUUGAUUUUUAGUAACUGAAUUGCCCAAAGUGGAUGCUUAAAGCAUUUAUAUUAACAAGUUUUUGGCCAGUUUUGUGAUAUUAUCAAAUAAAAAAUCUUAAAUUCUUUUUGAUUUAUAACAAAGGUGGAAGAACAAAACACAAUGAUUUAACUCAUUUGUAAAAAAUUGAAAUAUUGCACUAUUUUCUUGUUCGGUGAGGGUGGGGGGGGGGAAUGAAAUUGCUUUAGGGCGAGCUUUAAUCUCAUUUUUGUCUUCGCACCUGUUGAUCAGAACAGAAUUACCAAGGACACAGGGGAGUAGCAUUUUCAGAGGAUGGAGUCAUUUCUGAAGUUGUUUCUGGUGACAGCCUAACACAGGAAAUGGCAAAUGCAGGGACACAAAAUGCUGACUGUCAUCGCAAUAAAUAUAAGUAAUACCAAUAUGAUGAAAUUUUUCAUCAUGAAACCUACCUGAUUUAAGGUUAAUGCUCAGUUGUUCCAAGUUUUCAGCAGCUUAGAAUGAACAUAUUUGCAACUGCUGAAAGAUAUUUGCACUUGCUUAUUCUUCUCUCCCAAUACAUUGGAAUUAGUUAAAAGGUAUCAUGUAGAAUAUGUAAGUUUGCAAAAUAAACUUUACAUUACUUAAAAAUUCUUAAUAUUUGCAAAUGUGAUGGAACAAUUCAGUUUCAUUUCUGCAGAGAAAAAACUAAAACAGAUUUAAAUUCUAUAGGUGGAACUUAGUGUUUAGAUUAUUUCUAGAUCAGUCUAGAUAUGCAGUGGCUAAGAUCUAUGUUAAAUUUAGACAUGGAUCUACUGUUAAUUUUUACUGAAGAUGUAAAUUAAUAUUUCCAAAAAUAUCAACCACAUUUAAGCUGUGUACUGCCUAUUGUUUUUGGAAUUUUUCAGAUAUUUACAGCCUAUUUUGAUCAAAAACUAAGGUUGAACAUGUGCAAAACACUAAAGCAAUGCUGUUCCCAGUGAAUUCGGAACAUAACAUUUUCAAUGUGAUCAUCAUUUUAUAUGCAUGAAUUAGCAUCAGAUGAAAUAUUACCAAGAGCAGACUGAAAGCCACUGGGAGUUUCCAAAGGUGGCAUAAGAGUGCAGCACCCAUUCUUAACUGAUUUUCAAAAAUAUUUUUGAAAUUACCUGUAAAUACUUGAAAUAUUAUUGACUUUGACAGUCAAUUUUCCUUAACCCUUAAAGAACUUUUAGUUAAAAACACAGAACAGCUGCUGAUCAUUAAAUCCUGCAUAUUUUUAACUAUACUUAUGUACUUUUACAGUUCAUGGAAAACAAAAAUAUCUGAGAGAUGGUCCUGCUUUCAGAAAAUAGCUUUUAAAAGUGACUGAAUGCUGAGAUACAUGAUAUUUAGCAGAAAGCAAUAUGUAUUCAAAAAGCAAUGCUUACAAAUUUCACUGCUCUUGGUCUCUUGGUUACACAUUACUACCUGAAGGAUGAGAAUGACAAUAGGAAGAUAUUAACCUUCAUUAGUUCGUUUCUUACAGAUGACUUUACAUGCACUUCAUAGUUGGUUAUAAAAAUGGAAAUAGUAUAAAAUGGCUGUUCAAAACAAAUUAAAGUGAGAUACAAACACGAGAUUCUGCAGUUGUUGGUAAUCUUGAGCAAUACAAAAUGCUGGAAAAACUCAGCAGGUCAGGCAGAAUCUAUGAAGGGAAAUAAACCUUGACUGAGCCCUUUCAUCAGGAGGCAACCUGGCUUGUUGAAUUCCUCCAGCAUUUUGUGUGUGUUGUAAAAGUGAGAUGGUUACUUCCAUCACUAUAACUUACAACCCUUGCAGGUUAUGGUGGUUUCCCCCCCAAUAAUUUAGCAUAGCCCUAUUAUGACAUCAGUGUGUUAAUGAAUCAUUACAGUUUAGCACUAAAAAGUGUUUUGCUUGUGUCACAUGCCAAAUGAUUACUUUCCUAUCUUGUCACAUGCCCUCCUCCUCUUUCUCCAUGCAGGAGCUAUAAUGUGGCAAGCAGAUUCAGAGCAUUCCUACACAUAAUGCAUGGUUGGGCUUAAAAAGAACCAUUUGUCAGGGCAGAUGUGUCCAAAUGAAUGAUGAUCACUAUGCUGUGAACAACAUACUGGGCUAAAAUGUACAUUUGGUAUGUCACUGAAUAUCUAAUACUCUGCCUUUUGUAACACAAAGGAAAAGCUUUAUGUAUAUAGAGGUAUAAUCAACAUAUUAAGGCAGUUUUUCCAUUAAAUAAAGCAUUAUUAAAGUGAUAUUUACUAUAACUGAUCUAGAUAACUGCAGAUUUGUAUAGAGGUUAAAAUUCAACAAGUCAUUCCACCACCUUUUACAGUUUCCUAGAUUUGCUUCUUUGUGUCUUUGUAAUGUUUAUAUCAUAACAGGUAUAACUAUUAAUGUAUUUUCAGAGUAUCUUCAUGGAUUUGGUCACUGUUUUUCUGAAGGGCUAUGAAGGAUCCUUUUAGAAUCUUGCCUCCAAAUUUAGCCUCUUCCCAUUGCAUAAAACUUCAAAGAAUAGCAUGAAGUCGGAACUAAUCUCAGACAAGGCUUAAUUUCUUAAACCUGCUAGAAGAGAAACCUUAAUGCUAUCUUUGCUAUUGUAGCUGCAUUUUCACAACAAGAGGCAAUAUGGCACUUUUGCUAUUUAAAAGAUAUUUCAUAUUUGACCUUUCUCAUGCCUUGCUUUCCUGUCUAACUCUUGAAUGAAACAAUUUUAUUUGCUGUGUUUCUUCGGUUCUUGAGCAAUUUUGUUGGUAAUGAAAGCUAUUAUUUUCAGUGAAUGACACUUGUCCUAUGAUGUUGCUACUUCUAUUGCUGCUAUUGCUUUUAAUUAUUUGUGUAUCAUUUAUAAUUAUAUGGUACAUCGUAAGACAUGUUUUUUUAUCUUUGCUUACUCUGUUAGCUGUGGUAGAAACUGAUCUAUAUAUAUUUUGAGGUUUGCAUGUGAUUAGUACGUGAGCAGAUAAGGUGCCUCAUUUUCAGGUUUGAGCUGAUAUAGGAAUCCCCUUGCACUCUGAGCUCCCACCUUUGUUGUGCCUCACUUAAAAUAUGGUGCUUCUAUUGUUGUGUCUCUUAUGUUUAUUUGUAAGGUGCUGUAUAUAACUUAAAUAUAUUAUGCACAUAUCCUACCCAAUGGGUAGAAAAAUACAUUGUUUAUAAUGUAUAAUAAUGUAUAAAUGACAAAUUUUAACAAUGGCAUAGAAUUUAUGAAUGCCUACAUGUGCUUUGCCCUUUUUUGUAAACAAAAGUUUGCAAAAUAUUACAAAAAUAUCUACUUACUUUAUUUUCCUAAAAAUUAUUCUAUAAUGUUAAUGUAAAAAGCUAAAAAUAUUGAGCUUGAUAUUGGUCCCCGUAAUUGGGGGAUAGCUAGAUGGUUUGUUUGGAAAUUCUCAAUUGUAAGUGUAAUCUUUCAGUGAAGAUUUAUUAAGUCGGCAUUAAAAUGCAAUAGAAUAUUAA